AAGAUGAUGAUAAUAUUACAGAAUACACAUCAAGUGAAUAUGUUGAACCUACGUCAUCGGAUGAAGGUGAGGAGGAGGAGGAGGAGGAGGAGGAGGUGGAGGAGGAAGAAAGAGAGGCAAGUGAGACGGAAGAGGAGGAUGCAGCGCAAGCGCUGAAUGCUGUAGCCGAUGUACAGUUUGUACCGGCUGAAAUGGUGGGGGUGAGCGCUGCCGAUGCACACGAAGAGGAGUUGCGGGCGGAGGAGAGCGAAGCCGUAAGGAGAGAAGCGCAGCAGCGGUGGCUGCGGCGCCUGCAGUGGUGCAUCUUCAGGUGAAUGAGGCGAUGGAGGAGGAGGAGGAAGAUGAAGCAGUAGAGAGAGAGCGCAGAAUGAGCACGAUGCUAGAGCGGAAGAGGCUGAAGAUGUACCUGCCAAUAGGGAUUCUCAGCGCAUGGUUAAUGUUGACCACCUUCUUGCCACAUGUAUAGAGCCAACAGCUGCUGCUAAUAAUAUUCUACAGCGCUUGACGGAACGAGCAGCUGAUGAAAGCGAGAAUACUAUUGAGUAUGCGGAGCAUCCAUGUGUCAAAAGACGGCAACAAAUCCUCUACUUUUUGGCCCGACCAGUAGAACCCGAAGAAACGCGGUACACAAGAAGAAGCGCUGGAGGAUUGGUCACCGAGCAUUUUUUUAACAAGGGAAAUCCAAGAGAUCGUCAAAUUAAUGAACUUAUUCGACGUGGUCUCGAAGGAUUUGCAAAGUACCCCAGGGCUUUGAAACAAGAUAUCAUGCGUAUCAUGUAUGUACGAAGAGCACAAGAAAUACGUUGGUUUUUCAAUGCUUGUAAAGAUAAAAAUUCCAUACUGUUAGACACUGAAAAUUUACCUGAAGUGUUUAAUCGCCUGGGACAGAGUUUUUCAGGACCACCAGAAGAAUAAUUUAAAAAUAAGAAAGUGUAAAAAAAUAGGGUAUUCAAAUAUUUUGUAUUCAAUAAAUUUUUUCAGAACAUAAUCACUCUGACGAUUCAUCUUGUUCUUCUUCUACAACC